UUGCUCCGAAGGGCAUACCCAGCCCAUUUCAAAUUCGUCUCUGCAUACCAAGCAGUAAGAUCAUUAUCUGAGCUUCCCCCUUUGCUCGCUAUGUUUGUGGUUCUCUUAUUCUUCCUUGCUGUCUGUGUACGGACUGCACUGGCAGAUACAUACUGUCGCGAUUUCUGGGGGAAUUUAUAUAGGUGCAACGAUGGUUUGAGCACUGCGGCUCGCAUUGUGAUCGGGGUUUCCAUCUCCGUGGCACUCAUACUGCUCCUUGCGGGAAUUUUAUAUUUCCGCCAACGUCGUGCGCGGCGAGAAGUCAUAGUCAUUCAGCAACCGUACAACCCAUAUAAUACCUAUCCGCCUCCAGAAUUUGGGACAGGAAGUCCAAAAGCUAGAGGAUGGAAUACAGGGGGCGGCGUAAGCUACCCACCUCCUACACAUCCACCUUCCCCUGGUGGACAUCAGCAAUAUCCUCCACCUCCAGGACCACCCCCUGCGAUCACAGCCAAUUAGCGGUUUUGUUGCCCCUGUGGCGCUCACUCUCAACCCGAUUUUGAGCAUCAUCAUGACUAAUCUUCCCCCUGUUACUGUUACUUUGUAUUUUUGAACGCGCUUGAUGACUCGGGUUUCCCGUAACAAUAAAACAUGUUCUCGCCUUCUUUGUUCCAUCGCCUUUUUCACCGGCUCCCCGGGUUUCAUAGGGGCCAUGAGUGCAUCCAUCUGCACAGACUUUCUGAUACACUGGGCAUGUUUCGUUCGGGAUGAUUGCGGAGCCACCAGUAGUGUGGAGUUUCGUAAUUUAUAUAUACCACGUCCCCGACAUUCUUCUUGAC